UCGGCGGUGGAGACCGGAGGGCGCGGGGCUCCGAGUGGCAGCGCGCUCGCGGCGAGCCGGCCCGAGCCCGGGCGGCGGGUUCUUCGCCAUGCCGGGGAUGGUGCUGUUCGGCCGGCGCUGGGCCAUCGCCAGCGACGACUUGGUCUUCCCGGGGAUCUUCGAGCUGUUCGUGCGAGUGCUGUGGUGGGUCGGCAUCCUGACGCUGUAUCUCAUGCACAGAGGGAAGCUGGACUGUCCUGGUGGCGUCCUGCUCAGCAGUUACCUGAUCGUGCUCAUCAUUCUCCUGGCAGUUAUCAUAUGCACCGUGUCAGCCAUCGUGUGUGUCAGCAUGAAAGGGACCAUUUGUAAUCCUGGACCACGGAAAUCCAUGUCUAAGCUGCUCUACGUGCGCCUGGCACUCUUUCUGCCAGAGAUGGUCUGGGCGUCCCUGGGGGCCGCCUGGAUAGAGGACGGUGUUCAGUGUGACAGGACGGUGGGG